AUGAUUGCAGGUGAUAAAUGGCUGGUGUCGUGUCUUGGCGUGCUGUACCUAAAUAAAGGGCUAUUCUAUCGGGUCGUGCCCGCAGACCAGCGGAUGGAUUCUCCUUACGCUGGUGUAUUCAGGUUCCGUCUAUGGUGGUGUGGACAGUGGCUAGAGGUGCUGGUGGACGACCGACUGCCGACUGUCAACGGCAAGCUGGCUUUCCUGCAAACCAGCCACACUGGACAACUUUGGCCCGCUUUACUUGAGAAAGCCUACGCAAAGUGAGUUUCUUUCGUCAGCACCUAUUAAUGUCCCCAUUACUAGGGCACAAGCCUUCCCUAUCAAACCGGAUAGGAAGAAUGACUCAACACGCGGGCCCAGCGUGGAUUGGUGGCUGUUAACGGCUGCAGUUGCAACUGGCAGAUACGGUUUUACGUGCUUUUCAAAGCACGAAGGAUCUCGAGAUAAUAUGUUUAUGUCACUCAUCAUAGCAACGCAGACCGAACUCGUUAACCACUGCACCAAACACUAAUUAAAAGAAUGGCUAUCUCUUGGUGUAAUAACGUUGUAAGAUCAUUGCUGUGACUGCACGGAUCCUACGAGGCGCUGAAGUAUGGUAGUCUGUUGGACGGUCUUGCGGACCUGACUGGCGGCAUCACGGAAUCUCUACCCAUCACUGACGUCACCGACGCCUCCACCCUAGCAGCAUUACUGAAGACCACCAGCGUAAUCACCGCAUAUCAUCUACCUACGGUUAUCGAAGAGAAAAUCAAAGGACUCGAAUUAGAAAUGAAUUAUAGGAUAUACAAUAUUGAAAGGGUAGAAUCUUCGGACGGGCCAAUACAUUUGGUACGUUUGAGAAGACCCCUCGUGCCUGGUGAGACACCUGUUUCUCAUCUUGUGGAAAGCUCUGUGUGGAAAUCGAUCCCGCUAUACGAACGGGAGAGGCUGAUGUCGACGCCGAAGGGCUUCUGGAUGGUGUACUCCGACUUCCAACGAUCGUUCAGCCGAUUGGAGAUGGUGCACCUGGACGCGGAGACGAGUCGCGCGGAGCCCUCGCUCACUGAGAAACACAAGUGGCAGAUGAAGAUGCACCAGGGCGGGUGGCGGCGAGGCGUCUCUGCUGGCGGAUGCCGGAACUACGUCAGUGAGUUAAUAAACAAUCAAAUACUACUCAUUGAAAUAAAAAAUUGAGAUAUAUACUAUCAAAUCUUUAAAGGUAGAUAAUUACAGAAAUACUGUGUGAAAUUUGAUUAAAAUCAAUUCAGUAGUGUCGGAGUUCAACAAUGACUAAAAAGAUGAAUAGCUGACAACCUCGUUUAUUGAAGUAUCUGAAACAAUGAAGAUACUACAAUAUUAUAUGAAGCUUUCUGAUGAUGUCACCGUAGUGAUGACGUAUAUUGUCCGACGCAAAUAUUUAAAUCUUAA